GCAGGGAACCUUUUUACUUUCAGAGGGUUUAUUAUAGUGCAACUUUCAACUCUUUCUUUCUACCCUUUCAAAAGUUGUCUUGUUUUAUAACAAAUUUUAGUUACACAAAACAAAAACAAACACACUUUCUUUGUUUUUUACUCUCACACGUUUGAUUCUUCCUCUGUUUCUGUUUCUGUUUCUGUUCUGUUUUUAUGUUUUUUUUUUUUUAAGGUUCUUAGCUUAGCUUCAAAGUUUGAAACAACAUAUGAACAUGUCUGAGACUCAGAAGGAUCAUGGUAUUAUGCUAUUUGGUUGGAAGAUUCCGGUGCCAGAAUGUCGAAUUCCGCCCAAUUCUGGACCCAUGGAUACUUGCAGCAGUACAAGGAAAACAGAAGCGGAAAUACCUUGUGCAGAAAAAACUGAGCAACAAGACAAUUCUUCUGAUUCAAUGGAUAGUAAACAAGAGUCUAUACAGGAAAAGGAGCCAAUAGUAAAUUCCAAGCCCACUGAAGAUAACACGGAGACUACAGAUCAAGAUAAACUCUUAAAGAAACCAGACAAGAUUGUUCAGUGUCCGCGAUGCAACAGUUGGGACACCAAGUUUUGUUAUUUCAACAACUAUAAUGUCAAUCAACCUCGACAUUUCUGCAAGAACUGCCAAAGGUAUUGGACUGCUGGUGGAACAAUGAGAAAUGUUCCGAUAGGUGCUGGGAGGCGGAAGAAUAAGCACCUAGCCUCUCAAUACCGGCAAAUUAUAGUAACCACGAAUGGAAUUCCAACCACGAGGCUAGAAAGUACUAACUCAUCCGAUCACCACCACACAUCUACGGAUAACGAGACUGUAUUGAAAUUUGGUCCUGAUACCCCUCUUUGCGAAUCAAUGGAAUCAAUGCUUCAUCUUAGAGACCAGAAAAGAAAUGCUGAUGCAAAUUCAAACAGUUCUGUGCAACAUAGAGAGGAUCCGUCCUUGUGUGGAUCUUCUGUAACGAAUACCGGAAAUCAAGGAAAUGAAGUAUCAGAACACAAUGCUUCAAAUUGGUUGCAGUGUUAUCCUGUUUCUCCAUGGGUACUACCGAUGAAUCCAGGUUGGAAUAAUGUUGCUUCGAUGGCAGCAGUUCAUCCGACUUCUGCAUCCAUGCAAUGGUGUCCGACGCCUAUGUUGGCAAUUCCAGGAAUUCGGCCACAAAAUAUACCUUUACAACUUGUAGCAGCAUCACAUUGGAGUGGACCGUCACUUUGCCUCUCGCCGCCUUCAUCUACUAGUAACAGUUGCUGCUCAGGAAAUGGCUCACCAACCCUAGGAAAGCACAGUAGAGAUACAGUUUUCGUAGAUGAAGACAAAACAGACAAGUGUGUUCCGGUUCGAAAAACGAUUAGAACUGAUGUCACAGAUGCGGUCUCGAAAAGUCCUAUCCGGGCUACAUUAGCUACCAAGAAGCCUAAUGAAGAAGGAAAAGACGGUGUAUUGGGUGGCUCUCAGAUUUUGGAAGCCAGCUCAGGAGCUAUUUCUCAUGCUCAUACAAUCCAGGAAAGCAUAUAAUAAUUUUCUAGCUUUAAAUUUUUCAUUGAUAUUUUCAGUCAAAUAAACUAGUACAUAUUGCUGGCCUUUGUUUCUCUUGCAGUUUUUUUUAAGGUAGCAUUGAUUUGUGGUAUUUAUUGUAAGAUUUUAUUUCAAUUGUGUACUUAAAUUUAUAUUGAGCUAUAAUCUAUGAAAAUGAUGAUUUUUUAUUUUGACACAAUAAAGGAUAACUGAUAGUGAUUAUUUCUACUCCAACAGUACUCACUUAUGGAGGUGUAAAUAGAAAAGUUUAGGAUGUUAUUAAUGUAUGUAGCGAAAUAUCUAUUGGUUUGA